AUGGGAUUGCGUGCUGAUCAUGUUGCGGCAAUUCUGCUGGUCGCAUCUCCGUCAGCUGUUAUUGGGGUAGAUCUCGGCAAGAUACAGACAAUCACGGCAUCCUCCGCCUUCGACGAUUUCGCACGGAGCCAGUCGGCAUACUCAGCGGCGUCAAAGUGGCACACCAAACGUCUUGCGCAUGCACCUGAGGGCUCCAGGGCGCCGUACAUCGCCUGUGCCGACUACAAGCAGGGUCGCCACGCCAUGACUUCCUUAGAAACUGCUUUCACCGAAUCCGCCGUACACCGCGUCUCAAACACCGAGACUGACGGAUCCUGCUUCAUCGUGACAGCCUUGCCAUCGUCUGCCACCGCCAUGAUCAGUGCUCCUGAGGACUUCGCUCUACUCAGCGCGGCCCCGUUUCUGCCCUCCCUGAAGCUUGCCACCAGGCUGCUUGACCACGGCCCCGACACAUCACCGCACGUGGGCGCUGCCGAUGACUUCAACCUCUCGGACCUCUCGGCACCCCUGCGAUCGACCUACGGCGAAGACCGGAGCCAGUACGAUGUAACGCGUGUCCGAGAGUGGAGCAGGGCAGCGGCUGUGGUGGACAGCUUGGCAUCGAAGCGCGCUCAGACAUUCGGAGAGAUCUGCGGGUUCGGGAAGCUGAGCCUGCGUCAUGUUGCGGACGACCUCCUGCUUGUGGAAGGUAUGAACCACCUUCUGCCGGGCAAGAAGGCCCCUUCAGAGGCCAGAACGGCGUGCUACAUGGGGCUGCUUUCACAGCUGGCGGCCAAGCCUGAGGUUCUUCGCGUCUCCCCCCUUCAAUCGGCCAGUCUCUACAACGCUGUGGCCAAUGCGUUGGUGCAGAGCGCUACCACGACCGAGACGCCGCUCCUCGAUGCUGGAUUGGACGGCACUGGCGAAGUCAUCCAGGUGGUCGACACUGGAUUGGAUGAAACAUCGUGUUUCUUCGCGGACGAUGACGGACUCCAAGUUGAGCACGGCUUCUUGUUCGGCGGAGUUCGAGUGGAAGGCGAUGGCAACGUGUCGACGGUGCUGGGUAACUACUCUUUCCCGUUCGACAUGUCGCGCCGUAAGAUCGUGCAGUACAUCCAGAUGUUCAAGACGCCUGACCAAGGCAGCACCUCUAGCGGGCAAAACUCUUUCACCUACGCCAGCGACUACAUCCGCGACUACCUCGGCGACGCCUUCGACGACGAUGACAGCGAGUACAACUCGUACGAUGACUACAGCGGCGAGUAUUCCUCCGAUACAUGGAGCGAAGAGUCCUUCUGUGCACAAGUUCUUGACGACUUGUCGUACCACUUUAGCUCCCUUUUUGACGAUACUUCGUACUCCCCUUCUUCCGCUUCAUCGUCCAUCUCGUCCACCGGUGGGUUCGACAAAGACAUUGUUGGCGGCCACGGCACGUGGACUGCCGGAUGCGCGGCGGGGGCUAUUUCGGCCCAGUCCAGCCUCCAAGAAGAGGCUUGCUACGGCGACGAGCUCCCUGGAUGUGCCGGUGGCUGCAUAUCGGCUUCAGACGUCGACGCCAUGCUCGACAACGGCUCUUUCGACCUCGACGUCUUCUGCCCCAUGUACAACUGCGACGGGAAUACCGACAUCCCUUCCUCCGAAUGCCUGAGCGACGACCCAGUUGAAAAUCUGCAUCAACACGGCGGUGUAGCCCCCGGGGCACAGAUCUCCAUGCUUGACGCUUCGUACACGGGAUCGGAUAGUUUUGCCCUUUUCGCGGGAAACAUGUUAUGGUACUCGGCGAUGGAGACGGGUGCAAAAAUUCACUCCAACUCAUGGGGUUACGAUAUGCUCUGCCAACUCACAGAGAACGAGUAUUUGUACGACAGCUUUAUGUAUGAGAAUCCCGAACACCUGUUGAUCUUCGCUGCGGGAAACCACGGCGGCAAUGAAGACAUCCCGAACCACGAGGGCUGCACAAUUGGAUCUCCUGCCCUCGGCAAGAACAUCCUAGCUGUGGGAGCCACGUCCUCUGGUCCCUCUCGAGGAACCCGAACCGGAGAAGACGGGAACUUGGUAUACGAAGAGUUCGGCAUGACCGACUAUUCUCCAGAGGGAUACCCCUGGAUUUGCUUGUCCCCUUCUCUCGGGACGCCGUCCGCAUCGAUGGAGCCAGCGGGGGUCGAUACUGUCGCGUUUUUCAGCUCGCAGGGACCUACCCUAGAUGGGCGAAUCAAGCCUGACGUCGUUGCUCCGGGGGAUCAGGUGGCGUCCGCAUCAAGUGACGGAACCGAUGGACACAGCUGCCGACUGCUCGCCAACAUGGGGACAUCCGCUUCCUGCCCCCUGGUCGCCGGUGCCGCUGCCCUGGUUCGGCAGUACUUCAAGGACCCAUCGUUCUUCGCCAAGGAUGUAACGUCUCGGGGGGGCUGCGCCGAGCAUUCCUCGUCUUCCCAGUGUUCCGAGUUCGCCCCUUCUGCGGCGACCGUCAAGGCCAUGAUCAUCAACAGCGCGCACCUGAUGGGUGGCAGCAGUGAACCCAACGGACUUCGUGGUUUUGGCCGAGUACACCUCGAGGCGGGCAUGCCCAUGGACGGCGUUGGUGAAACCGGACUUCUCGUUGUCGAAGCAACCAUCGGUUCUGACGACGAAAUUACCGAGCUGGUCACCGUCGACGGGGAUGCUGGAGCGGAGCUCCGAGCAACGCUCGCCUGGCUAGACCCCCCAACGACGGCCUUGUCGGCCAAGCAGCUUCAGCACGACCUCGAUCUACAUGUGAUAGCCCCAAGCGGUGCCAAGUACACCAUGUGGGAAUCGGGCGCAGAUGACACGGUCAAUGUGGUGGAGCGUGUAAUCGUGCCCGUCGAAUCGAUGGAGAGCGGCGUGUGGAGCGUAGUCGUGUCGGCCAAGGGGCUGCUUACCGACGAACAGUCGUAUUCGUUGGUGGUCACGGGGGCUAUCUACAGCUCAAAGUAG